AUGAUGAAAAAUUUACUACGCGGAUCAGUAUGGUGGCCUAAAAUAGAUGCCGAUAUUGAAGGAUUUGUGAAGAAAUGUAGAGGAUGCACGCUCGUGUCUGCUCCGAAUGUUCCCGAACCUAUGACUCGCCGAGAUCUACCAUCUGGACCAUGGGAGGAUGUCGCUUUAGAUUACUUAGGUCCGCUUCCAGAAGGCCAAUACUUGUUAGUAGUUAUAGACUACUAUAGCCGAUUCUUUGAAGUAUGUGAGAUGACCAGUAUUUCAGCAGAGUCUACCAUAGCAGAACUUACAGCCAUAUUCAGCCGAUUCGGAUUUCCUCUGACAUUGACAGCUGAUAAUGCUCCUCAGUUGAGUGAAGAAUGUAACGAAUUUUCAGUGUUCUGUCGUACACAUGGCAUCGAGCUCAUCAAUACAAUACCUUACUGGCCCCAGAUGAACGGGGAAGUAGAAAGGCAAAAUAGGACGAUACUGAAACGACUUCAAAUUGCCCAGGAACUCGGUCAAGAUUGGCGAAGUGAAUUACAAAAGUUUCUUCUUACAUAUCGUGCUUCCUCCCAUUCAACGACUUGUCGAUCACCGGCUGAGCUGAUGUUCGGCCAUAAGAUUCGUACUAAACUUCCACAUCUCCCAAAAUUCUGUGCGAAUGACGAAGAAACGAGAGACCGAGACAGAAUUCAAAAGGAGAAAGGGAAAGAGUACAGCGAUAGGAAGAGAAGAGCUAGGGAAAGUGAUUUGCAGGUGGGAGAUCGUGUACUCACUAAGAGGAUGAAGAAAGACAAUAAGCUCAGCACGGAGUUCAUAAAUGAAGAAUUUAUAAUUAUGACCAAACAAGGAUCGGACGUUACAAUCAAAUCGUUGAGGUCGGGAAAAGAGUAUCGUAGGAAUACGGCUCAUCUGAAGAAGUUAGAAUGCAGUAAUGAGGAUGGCACGUCAGAGAAUACCAUGUUUCCUCAAGCUGAGGAACCAGCAGAACCAGAUUAUCAGGAGGAUGUCGAACGAGAACAGCAAAACGGAAGUCCGUCAGCAAACAGUGAGGUUGUGAAGCAGAACAGGAGCCGUAACCACCGGGAGCCGUCUUGGUUUCAAAACUUCGUGCCUCACUAG